AUGUCUAACGUGGUAAAAAUUAUUAAGGGUGAUAUCACAAAACUUAGUGUUGAUGUAAUAGUUAAUGCAGCAAAUAAAAAACUUUGUGGAGGUGGGGGUGUAGAUGGAGCAAUUCAUAUGGCUGCAGGUAAAGAAUUAUUAAAUGAGUGUAAAAAAUUGAAUGGUUGUGAGACAGGUGAAGUGAAAGCCACAAAAGCGUACAACAUAAAAGAUGUCAAAGCUAUUUACCACACAGUUGGACCAAUAGUAAAAGGACCACUGAGAGAUAUAGAUAAAGAACUCCUAUCAAAGUGUUAUUUAAAUUCAUUAUUACUAGCUACAAAAGAAGGCUACCAUUCGAUAGCAUUUCCCUCCAUCUCUACAGGAAUAUAUGGUUUUCCUUUUGAAGAAUCUGUCCACAUGUUUUCUGAUAAUUGUUUACAAAAUGAUGUUAUUAGGUUAAAUGUUGGUGGAACAGUAUUCGUAACGUCGAGGACAACCUUAACAUGGUUACCAGACACAUUUUUUACUUCUUUACUAUCUGGAAGAAUCGAUUCUGUUAAAGAUAAAGAUGGUUCUAUAUUUAUUGAUCGUGAUCCAUUACUAUUUCGGAUUAUAUUAAAUUAUUUAAGAACGAAACAUGUAGAGAUAGAAAAUGUUGAUAUGAGUGCAUUGAAACAUGAAGCAUUAUAUUAUAAUAUAACACCUUUAGUAAGAAGAUUAACAUUAUGUGAAGACUCGUUAAAUGAUUCAUGCGGUGGUUUAUUAUUUCAUGGUAUGAUAUCUUCAAAAAAUGAACCAUUUUUAUCAAAACCUAUUUCAUUAAAUAAAACAUUACUAGGAAAUAAUGGUAAUAAUUUACCUGCAAGAAUAAUAAAAGCGCAUCACAAUCACAUUGCAGUUGCAUAUACUAAUUAUUUAAGAAUUUUUAAACAAAAUGAUAGUGUUGGAUGGCAAAAAAUGUUUACAUCAAAUUUAUUAAAUUCUUUAAUAAUUCAUUUAGCUUUAAAUGUUAAAUUUGGAGCACAAAACCUUGAAAAAGUUGUAGCUGCUUCAUUAGAAGAUAACACUAUUUAUUUAUGGUCAUUUACAGAAGAUAAUGGAGAAAUUAAAAGUAGGAAAUUGGGUAUUUUUCAAAUGACAGCACCAAUAAUAAAAUUAUUUUUUAUUGGUAGUCAACUUGUAGCUUUAUCAAAAACAGGAAAAGUUGGUAUAUGGCAUUCUAUUUCACAAAGUUGGCAGAUUCAGGCUAUUGUUCCAAUACUUUGUUAUGACACAGCUGGUUCUAUGUUAAUUUUUGGUGGUUGUAAUGGUGUUAUUUAUCUAGUUGAUAUGCAAAAAUUUCCUUUGAGGAUGAAAGAUAAUGAUUUAUUAGUUACAGAACUUUAUAAAGAUCCUGAAAAUGAAGCAAUUACAGCUAUUAGUGUUUAUCUUACUUCUAAAACAACUAUGUCAGGUAAUUGGAUUGAAAUUGCUUAUGGAACAGAAACUGGUAAAAUAAGAGUCAUAGUACAGCAUCCAGAAACUGUUGGUCAUGGUCCACAAUUAUUCAAAACAUAUACAGUUCAUACAGAUCCAGUUAUUAAAAUUUUAAUGACAACUAAUCAUUUAAUUUCAAUAUGUUCUUGUUAUAAUCAUGUAAGAACGUGGAACGUUUCAAGAUUUAGGGGAAUGAUAAGUACUCAACCUGCUAGUACAGCACUAGCAUCUUUUAAAAUUUUAGUUUUCGACUCUGUUGAUGAAAUAAAUAAUUCAGAAGGUGUUGAUAUAGGACCUUAUGGUGAUCAAGAUAUGGAAAGUUUAUUUGUUCAAAAAGUAAUACCAGAAACAAACAAAUUAUUUAUUCGUUUAGCUUCAACAGGAGAUAGAUUAUGUGAAGUCACUUCAAUUGACAACUCAACAAUUACAUCAUUUUUUAUACAUGAAAUAGAACUUUCAAAUAGAAUGGCUUUACGUCCAAAAAGAAUAUUAUUUACCGGUCAUUCUAAUGGUACUGUACAAAUGUGGGAUAUGACAACUGCAUUUGAUCAAUUUACAAAUAAAGGUUUAUGCAAUACAAAUUCUGGAAUAGUUUCACAAACAGUUUUAGUUUCAAACGACAAAUCUACAUCCCCAUCCACACCAUCAUCUUUACCAAAAACAUUUACUUCUCAAUACCAAGGUCCUUCACCAUCAGAAUUAUUAAAAUUAAUGAAUGAAUGUGAAAUAACAAGUGGAAGUAUGAAUUCAACACCACAAAACACACCAUAUGCUUCACAGAUAAAUAUUUCAUCAAAUAUUUAA